UAGGUAUACAAAAUAUACGUCUUAUCCCACGAAAAAAAAUUGAAAAAUAUCUUGUCAUAAAAGAUUAUUAAUUGAAUAAUUUAGUUCGGGUAACCCCCACUUUAACUAUAUAGAUUGAUAUCGAUAAAAAGAUACUUAAAAUUAUUUUUAUCUGGAUAAUGCACGACACAGGGCCGACGAGUACAUAUUUAUAAUAUUAUACUGUAAUGUAUUACAAUAAUGGUCGCGGAUAUUCAUAUAUUACAUUAUUCGUCAGCGUUAAAUUUACAAACGAACAAUGGCCGCGUCGUCUAUUAGCUAGCUCCACUCUUGCAGCAGUAUAAUAUAUGGGAACGCCGCUACAGCUAUAUAUAUUAUAUGUAUAUAAAUAAACUAUAAUAUUUUAUUGUUAUUAUAAUAGCACAUAAUACUGGGUCAUGCGAAUCGGCGAAAAAAAAAUAGGAAAAAACUCGGAGAGGAACCGGCGGCGCUGCGAGAAAGUCGUAAAACAAUGCGUUUGCGUAAUAAUCGCGAACGGCGUGAAAACAAAAAAAAAUUGAAAGAAAAACGUAACGCGUAUUAUAUUGGAAACAAUUACAAUAGCGACGGCCGAAGAUCUUAAUAAUAAUAAUAUUGUUAUUAUCGUAUUAUUAUAGUUGGCUCUCGUUUAAAACACGCGAAAUAAUGCGUAUUACGCGCACGCGACGACUUCCAGGAAAAUAGAUUUCUUUGGGUUGCAGUCGAUGUCACUGUGUGCAAGUCGCGUUUUUCUCGGACGGUGUCCGAUUGGUCGGUUGGCCGGAAAGCAGGAGGGAAAUAUUCAAGUAUAGAAGAAGAAAGAAACAAAGUUUACCGAAUAUCAUAAUAUAUUAUAUUAAUUUGUAUUUAGAAGACGAAACGGUAGGAAAUAAAAUGAAAAGGGAAACGUCACCGUCGCCGCCACGUCCGCACACGUCUUGUCAUCGCCAAGUCAACGGUGCAUUCGAUUCGUCUCGGGCAGGUGAAUUCUCGACAGAAGAUCGGCGAAAAAAAAUUUAAAAUAUAUUCGCGGUAUAUACCUAACGAUAACUGUCGUAGAAAAAAAUAGUCGUUCGCGCCCUUAACGACGUCCACCCCACCCCUUCCCGUCUGCAGGUCGCGGAUCGUUAACUGACAGUGAUAAUAAGGACGAUGAUAACACAACAAUAACAAUAACAACAACAAUAAGAAGAACAGCGUAUAGGAGGAAAUUACUAUUAUUAUUAUUAUUCUACCGAAAAAAAUAAAUGUUUGGCGCGCGGACGUCUGACUGGGAAAACGCCGCGUGGCCGCGCCACCGUCGGUCGCCCGGCCGGUCGCGCGCGCCCGAGCAGCCGGUGUACCGCCGCAUACGUCUGAACGGAGCGCGCCAGUCACCAGCCAGUCCGGUGUCCGUCGUCAAACUGCUCAGUAAGCGCACCGCCGCACGACCGUGUUCACUCGUGUUGUGUGUAGUCUUCGCUCGUACGUGUUAUUGUUUGUUUUUAUUUUUGUCGUCGAACGAGAGUGUACUCGUCCGGUCGUCACAUUAAUUUCGUCUCUAACACCUGCGCCGUUUGUUUCAAUUAUUGCGACUGUUUUUUUUUUUAUUUAUUGAAAUUUUUGAUUUUGUUUUGGUGAUCUAAUAAAAAAAAAUUGUUAAUUAUUUUUAAAAAAAAUAAAUAAAAUUUGGUAAUUUCUAAAUUAAUAAAGUAUUUAGCAUUAUUAUAAUUAAAUCGAGUUUCGUGCGCCAGAUGCUUGCAGUGAUCGUCGCCAGUGAUUAUCGACGUCGUUGUCUCCAGGAGGAAUAUCGUUGUUAACCGCGCGCGCGUGUGUCGUCGCCGUACGGUGAUCUUCGGCGCGUGUGUUCGCCGCCGCCGCGGGAUCUCGUCGCGCGCAGCCGUCGUCGUCUCACCCGAUGGCCCUAAACGCCACUACGUGUUACAACAAGGCGGUGAUCGCGGGCUAUGGGUCCUCGUACCCCAGCCCGCUGGCCGCCUCCGCCGGCGUUCCGUCCUCCCUGAUGGUGGCCGCGGCCGCCGGAUCCGCGGGCGGAUCGCCGUCGUCCCGAUCCGGAUCGUCCGGGUCCAGCAGCGGGCCGUCCGGGUACCGCGUCAAGGAUUUCAACGUGCCCCUGCACGUCGACUGUAGCGUCGAGUACGAAAUGCCCAGUUCGGCCAAACCGCCGGUGGGCGGCAAGGUCGAGCCGCUGCUCAUGAUCCACCCGUCGUAUUACCGGAAGGCCGAGAGCCGGACCCGCAGCCUGUUCGUCAACAACAUGCCCGCCGCCGCGUCCGCGUCGUCCGGCCGGAGCAGACCCUCGGCAGCCGCAGCCGCAGCCGCCGCGGCCGCUGUCGGUGGCGUCUGCGGUAGACCUACCAUCGCGAACGCCGCUGACGGACCGCCGCCCGCGAAAAAACCGUACGCCGGACCUGCGCCCGGAGUGACCGCGUCCACCGCGGCCGGCGUAUACGGCAUGGUCACCGGCGCCGUGGCCGCCGCCGCUGGCGCGUCCCAGUGGCCCCCGCUGGGCUCCAGCGCCGAGCACCAACACCACGACGGCAAACGCACCCUCGACAUGGUGCAGCGGCAGUACCAGCAGCACCUGCAGGCCAGUCUGCCGCCGCCGAUGAUGACGGCCGCCUUGCCUACCGACAAAACACACAUGACAGUGCCGAAAGGGUGUUCUUGCUGCCAGGCGAAAUUAUUAAAGCGCAAAGCCCAACAACCGCCGUCGGUGCCACAACAACAACAACAACCACAGCAACACCAUAUCCACCUUCACCAACAACAACUACAACAACAACACCUGCCGCAACCACCUCAUUUACAACAACAACAACAACAACACCUCCAUCACCACCAGCAGCAGCAGCAGCAGCAGCAACAGCAGCAACAACAACAGCAGCAACACCAUCAACACCUUCAUCAUCAGCAACAGCAGCAGCAACACCAUCAUCACCAACAACAGCAGCAGCAGCAGCAGCAACAACAACAGCAGCAGCAGCAGCACAUACAUCACCAUCAUCACCACCAACAGCAGCAGCAGCAGCAACAACAACAACAACAGCAGCAACAGCAACAACAACACCAAGAGUACCACAAGUCGAGGCAAAACGAACCGCCAACACCUCAGCUGUGGGGUUUCAACGGUACCAUCGCCGCGGUGUUGCGCAACGAGUACGGUGGCAAGCCGACGAAAACGUUGGGGCGCAUUACCGACCCGAUCAACAACAUCCUGACGCCCACGUAUAUGUUCUGAGCGUCGAAGUUACGAUGAUAUUUUUAUUGUAUUUUGUGAUAGUUAGACUGUUAAAACAUUUUUGAAGAAAAAAAACCACGUUCGGAUCGAACAGAUCCGAGAAGAAUAAUAUACGAGAAGAAUAUUAAACAUAAUAAUGUUAGGUACUUAUAUUGGACUUGUGAGGUGAAAAUAAUAAUAAUAAUAAUAUGCUAUACACCUGAGUGUAAUAUGUGUUAUCAUUAUAAUUUUGUACCUAAUAUAAUAAUAAUAAUAUGUCAUGUGCGCGCGCGUUUAGCGCCGUGUCGUGUAUAGACAAAAUAAUAAUAUUAUACAUAGUUGUAGACCGCAAACACGGUAAUAUAAUAUAAUAUAUAAUAUAUAACGACGAUAAUAAUAAUAAUAAUAAUAUCAUUAACCAAAAAACAAAAAAAAAAAACAAAAAUAUAUAUAUAUUGUAUUAGCCGUUCAAGUUUUCACAAUGUGUGUAAUAUUGUGUUGUGAUCGUAUUGUUAUUAUUAUUAUUGUCAUUAUAUCGUUCAUGUACUAUACGGUUGUAAUAGCAAUAAUAAUAAUAAUCACGAUAAACAUAAACACACACGCAAACAUAUUUUAUAUUGUAUAAUUAUAUUUUAUAUUAUUUAUGUAUGCGCGUGCAGUGAAAACGGCGUCCGGCCCACCACCCUGGUGUGGGGGCGGGGGUGUCGUGGUGUGUCCGCCGCGCAGUAAUAAGUUGUCAAACGUGAGAUUUUGUUUUGUUUUUAGCGGACACCCCCUCCCCACGACCACCGGACGUCCGGAACGUAGGUACACGUUUAAUAUAUAAUAUUAUUGUGUAUGUUUAUUUUUUUAUUUUAUUUUUUCGAAAUACGGCGCACGGACCCGGCGGGUACAGAGAACGUGCGUCGUCGUCGUGUACAUAUAUUAUAUUAUAAUAUUACAUUAUAUUACUAUGAUGAUUCCAAUUUUUUUUUUCUUCUUCUAUAUAGUUCGUGCGUGUCGCUUUUUGUUGUGUUGGCUGUGAAAUAUUGUGAUAAUAAACAUUUUAAAAAAUAAAUAAAAAGAAGAAAACGCACGAAAGAUUAACUACUCACCGUUUUUCGAUAAAUCGAGAAAAAUACCAACCACCGUUUUCUCCAAGGGUAUAUUUAAUAAUAUAUUAUAUUAUAAUAAAUUUCUUGCGUAAAGACUGAAAGAAUAUAAUAUCUUCAAAAAAAAAUUAUAUGAAUAAAAGACUGUAGCCCUUUUACAGUAUAUAUAAUACAAUAAUAAUAAUAAUAAUAUAUUAUAACAAAACAGUCAGGGGGUAUGAAAAUACUGUAUAAGUUCCUUAUAUGUAUAAAAAUGAAAAUUAUACCUACCCUUUUUUGUUUUCAAUGGAAUCAAUUUCAAACUUUGAACGUGUUAUGACCGACAAUUAUUUUCGUCUGAUACCAAACGUAGACGUUAUUGUUAAAAAGAAAAUAGCAAAAAAAAAAACGACAAAAAAAUUAAUUAUUUACAUUUUCUUUCGAUUCAUCGUCGUCAUCUUCAUCAUCAUCGUCUUAAAUCAUAAUAAUAUAUGAUCUAUAUAUAUACAUAAAAGUGUACAUUCCUAUAUAAUUUUAUCAUUAUACAUAUUUACGACUUAUUAGGUGUGCCUGUUUAAUUUGUGUAAUUUUUAUCUAGUCUGGUUGGAUAACGGGCCAAAGAGCUAAACAUACAUAUUAUAUAAAUAAUAAUAUAUUAUAUUUUUUUUCUUACGAUAGCGCAAAAUAUCUACAACGGGUUCACGGGGAGGGGGGAGGGCUUCGUUCGGAAUAAUCACUCACAGGCCUAAUAAUAACGAUAAUAGGUCGAGGAAAAAAACGAAAAUAAAUAAAUACACCGAGUACACAUUAGAUAAUAAAUUGUAUUUUCUUUACAAACAAUAAAAUAUAAAUGGUCGGCCUGUGAUACACCUUAAAUUCUCUGACAUAUUUUUCCAUUUUUUCGUUAUCGUUUAAACUUUUUUUUUGUUUCGAAUAACAUUUUAAAACGAAUGAAAUAUAUAACUAUAUUGUAUUUGUAAUAUUUAUUUUUAGAUACCACACGUAAUGUUAGCAUUCUAUUUGUAAAUUAGACGUUAGACAUAUAUAUAUUAUUAUUUUUUUUUUAGCCUGUACAAAAGUUUUUUUUUUUGUAAUUAUCCUAAUUUCAGGACGUGGUUUAUUUGUUAAAAGAAAAAUACCUAACAUGAGAAAAAACAAUUUAAUAAAUACACGAGAUUAUAUAAAGGAAACGCUAUUUGGUUCGUUUUUUAUUCUUCAUACACUGCGUACCUAUUAUACCUAUCUACUACAUUAUAUUAUAUUAUGCUCCAGGGCCUUAAAAAUUGUGUGCCGUGUACGGCUCACUAUAUUUUUUAUAUAACAUCUGCAGAUGUUACUCACGAGUACGGAUAUUUCAACACGACUGCCUGCAUUGAUAAAAAUGCUACUUUAUUUCAUUUUAAAGAAUCGCUGAUCGUUUAUCCGCGUUAUACAAUAUACGGCUACAAUGUAGACGCGUUCUAUAAAACAUAAUAUAAACAAAUACCUAUACGCAAUGUAUAUAGAUUCAAUCGGAAUGUUUCCUCCGCAUCCUUCCCUGUGUGCGCGUUUAUACGAUUUCGUGCACUCAAAGGUCUUUUGGGAAAGGAGAAAUCACGGAAAUGUCAAAACGAGCAAGUAUAUAUAUAAAAAAAAAAAAAAAAAUAGAUUUUUGUCGCGGUGGUGUUUGACUAUGGGUUGUGCGUGGAAACGGCGACGUAUAUUACCUACUAAUUAAUAUCAAAUUGGAAGAAGCGACGACCGGCGGUUUGCCAUAUACAACUCUGACAUGGUGUGCGGAAUGUUGUUGUUUACCCUAAAUACAUUUGUAUUGUUUUCGAUUUUCCAGCGCUCGUUACGAUAGCAGAUUCAUGAAUACGAAUACAAUAUAAUACAUGGAUAUUAUUAUUUUAAUAUUUAACGCAUUGUUGUGAUUUCGGCAACAGUCGUAUAUUAGCGGCAUUCGACUUGCCGCGACGUGUUAUGCACACAAAUAAAAUAUAUUAUAUUAUAUUAUGUAUUAGCUAGUGGUUGGCCGAUGGGAGUCGAUGCGUGUAAGGUAUAAACAAUGCAUAAAAAAAAAAUUUAUAAUAUUCAUAAUAUCUUUGAACGUUCAUUAAAUGAUGGCUGACGGCGUCGUCAUGAGCGUUUGUCCAGCAAUAGAGGCAGAACUCAUCACGUGGGUAGUUCGCUGCAAAAAUGUGCCUGUGUUCAUGUCCGCUCUCGUUUUUAUAACGAUCGUCUGAGUGAAAAUUUCAGUGGUAAUAAUAAUUAUUACGAGCUAAUAGUAUAAUUAUGCUGUAUAGGACUUAAAAAUAAAAUUGCCGCGGGAUGAUACGGUAAGUAGAGCGGUCUAAUGGCACACACACGAUGCGUACAGAGGAGGCUAGACGUCCUAUAACACAGACGGAUGGUAAAAAAAAAAUCACUUUAAUAUUUCAGUCACAUAUUUUUCUAAAUCACACGGGGAAGAAGACAAAUAAUUUUAAUUCAUCUGGUUUCAUUUAAGUAUUACGGACGUAAUUUAUUAUUCUGCUUUUUGGGUAUAACUUUUUUAUUUUAUCAAUGGUGUUAAUUACUUAAUUUACAAAAUAUAAUAAUAUUUUUUACACCUAAUGUUAGUAUAACCUAUACAUGCGGACUAUGCUGACUUUGUGUAUUUUAAUAAUUUAAAAACAACCUAUUACUUAACCUAACCACGACAUAAUAUAAUAUAUUAAACAUAGGUACAAUAUUAAUUAUAUUAUACAUAGAGGUAUCCGGCAUAUUUAUAGGCAUCUGCUCGUUUUCAGCUUCUGCCGAUGCGAGAUAAUUUAUAUUUUUACACGCACACAAACGAAAAAUAAACGCUUAAUGUUUCAAACUUUCGAAGAGAAGAUGUGAGAUGGUGUCGCUGUAUAGUAUGUAUAUUAUAUUAUAAUAUAUCGGUAGGCAAAGUAAAUUAUUCACGUAGGUACUACAUUUUCGGAAGGAUCACGACGAGAAAAAUAAAACCUUUCGGACUAGGACUAGGUAGGUAUAAUAUUAUGUGAUCAUAAAUAACUAUAUAAGUAUUUUAUAUUACAUAAUAAUGCAGAUUUAGUAUAAUAUAAAAUGUGUCGUUCUAGUUAUGCGUACCUAUAUAAAUAUUAUAUAUCUAUCCUUUACACGCAUGUAAACUUGCAGGGUGUUCAAUUUUUCUGGUUCGACUGUUGUGAUUUUGAACAUAACUUUUUUAAUAGUUUUUAGUGGCUAUAUAAAUAUUAAAUGGGUAUGUGUUUUACAAUUAUUUAAAUGUUCAUAUAGUUCAAAAAUGUUUUUCGGAGAGUUAAACAAAAACGACGUAUAUGUUAUGCGGGUCUACAUUAAUCGGUUUUUUUAAAUAUCCACUAAAAUAAAAAAAAAAUACCUAAAAGAAGUUAUUUGUCGAGAGUAUGUCGUGAUAAGUGAUAAUAACUAUGUACCUGUACUAUUGUUAUAGGUACCUACUUCAAAACGUUUUAUUCCAAAUCACAAGAAUCGACCGAGUAAAAUGUGAUAGUUUAGCUGCACGUGUAAAUAUAUAUUGGGUCAAUGAAACUAAAAAGACAAUCGUUUAUAUAUAUAGUUAUACCUAACAUUUAUGCCGCCGCUGUGGUUUAAAACAACAAUGCCGUUUUUGUCUGUACGCGCGGUAUUAUGUAAUAGACUUUUUUUUUAUUUUAAAUACAAACGUUGUUGCCGGUCGUGAUAAUAACGUCGGAUGACAUACACAAAAUAUAUUACGGUCACGUGGUACGACGACGACAAAGAACGCCAUUUCGUAUAAGAAACAUAAUAAUAAUGUGCUUUGUUUUUAAUAGACUAUUUUUUUAAGUAAUACGGAUAAAAAAAAAUGUGUAAUGCGAACGUUUAAAGUUUCUAAAUUGCCAAACCAAUUUGUAGUUUAAUAGUCUCGUACGUGUACAAAUGUGUAUGCGGAAAAAAAAUUUUAAACGUUCAACCUUAAUGUCUGUUUAUUGUAAAUUUUACGAUCCGGUGGUUUUUUUUUAGAGUACCUAUACUAUUUGUUAUUUCACCGAAAUUAUAUUUAAUAUGUAUCAUUCGAAACCGUAUCGUUUUUAUGUAUGUGUGUAUAAUAUGAUUUUUUUUUAGUCUGCCCAUUAUUCAAGAAAGUUGCUCUGCAUUUUGGUGCUAUUAUAAAACACCAAAUAUAAUACACACCCGAACAAGUAACAACUAAUAAAAAAAAAUAUGUAUAUAAAAUAAAAAAAAACUAAUGUGCCUAACUAUUAAAAAGUUUCUAAAAAUAAAUUACUGUACCAUUAAAAAAUUAUGCACAGUUAUUAUUAUCCCAUGUUAUAAUAUUUAAAUAGUGUGGCUGUGUUGACCAACAGAGGCAAAAUAUUUUAAUAUGUUAUAAUACUGCGAUUGAUUUAUGAAUUGUGGAUGUUUUUAUAAUGUAUAUUUCUAUAUGUAAAACUAUAUCAAGAGAACUCUUUUCGAUUCGAAAAUUUUUAUCCAACACCGGUGAAUACAAAAUUUGAAAAACUUGAGGUAAGAUGAUUUCUAUGAUCCAAUUAGGUAUUCAAUGUAUUGAAAAAACGCGGAACAAUAUAGGAACGCUACGUUGUUAUACGUUUUAAUGUUGUCGGCCGAAAACCAUGUGGACGACCUACGGUGGCCAACCUAUAAAGGUAACCUAUAUUGAUCAGGUAGUGAGUUAUAUAUAAAUAAUAAUAACUAUGUAUAUUGUACAUCGAUAACGUGCCCAUCGCUACGACGAGCCAGCUGGUCGUAAGUCAAGAAGACAAACGGUGUUCGCCUGUCGUCGGUGCGUGGGAUACACUAUAUAAAUAUAAUUAUUUAUACGUACAACGAUAGUAUUAAACGGAUUUAGUCACCGAGCGUGUUAUUCGGAAUGCGUAGUGCGAUUGAGAGGGAGAGAGAGUGGGAGAGAGAAACAAAAUCACAAAGAGAGGGUCUGCAGGGAGUGUACUGAAAAUAACAAUCACACUGUAAUAGGGUUGUGUAUGAAAUUCGCCUUUUUUGGAUUUGUAUCAAAAAUGAAACGGGGCAAGGCAGCACAAGCAUCAACAGAAGGAAUGUGUGAGUCUCUAUUGGCAUUCCGGUCAACGCUGUAUCCAUGGGUAUCAAGGUAUAUAAAAUAGGUACAUGCGCGCGCCGUCAUUGGUUCGGAAUAAAUUUAAUACGUUUUUAUAAAUUAUCCAGACGUAAACAGGAUGAGCCGUCGCCGCAUUCAUGUGUGUAUAUAUGAUAAUAUAAUAAUAAUCAAAAUAAUAUCAAUUAUUACCAUGUAAUUGUAAUAUACUGCAACGGAUUAUGAGAUGUGCUUUCUGUGUUAUUGCCAAUGUCAUGUUGUGAUAAAACACAAUGUAAUAUCAAUGGGCCAUUUUAUACAUAAAUAUUACGAUAUAAUUAAUAUAAUAAUAAUAUAUUGUGUGUCUAUAUUAUAGAAUACUGUUUAUAGAAGAAGACGUACGGACAGUGAUGACGACGACCGAUCGAAAUUUCAUAGCAUAUUUUACGUCAUACGUCGUUUUACAUCGCCUUCGUAAUCACACCAUCGCCUUUAUGAUAUACUUAGAGAUACUUAUGAGCCAGCUAAUAGCUAUGUCCUACAUUUUUAAACCUUAAUAUUUUUGAUUUUCGCAACGAUUUACUAUUUAAAAUAAUGAUUAUCGUUUCGUGUAAUUCUGCAUUUUAUUUUAUUUUAUAAUAGGUACCUAUUGUGUUUGCUCACAGAAAGACAGUUCAAAUGUACCGAAAAUUGUGAUACCUCUCGAAAGCGAUAAUUUAGUACUUAGUGGCGUCGUGGCCACUGCUCGAACGAUUUUUUCCCCAUGGUGGACGACAUGGAGACGACGCCGCGCCGAAGUCGAGUAGGUACCUAUUGGUAAUUUUACGUGCAAAAUGGCCACAACGUGUCUCGUCGGCUGUAUCACGAACGGAAAUGAUUCAAUCUGGGAAAACGAAUUGUGUCGUAUAGGGAAAAAACUACUCAUCGACCUGCAAAUAAACAAAAUAUAUAGAAAAGUAAUAUUGGGAAGAGGUAAAUCGUGGCACGUGGAUAUACUUCAUGCGCAAAAAAAAUAAUAGUAAGGAUUAAAAUAACAAUAAUAAUAAUAUACCUGUAAUAUUGGCAUAAUUGAUUUGAUUUUUUUGCGGAUGUUGCGUACGCAGAACAACGUUGUCUUCGUCUAAACAAGCAUAAUAUAAUACAAAAACACACGCGCACAUCAAAAAGAUUUAUACGAAGAAUCAUUUCCAGUUUCCGACGCGCAAAAUGCCAACGAGGUAGGAAUACGAAACGCGUUUUCGAGUGGCAAUUUAAUUAUAACACAGUCGUGUCCCCUACACUAUAAAUCAAUAUUUGCAGCGUUUAACGCGAAUUCGUAUAAAUAUUAUUAUCUUGACACCGACGACGCAUUGGUCCGAUUUCGAUUUCGGCGCCGAAAGAAAAACGUCGUCUCGCAGCGAUGAUCAGUAGUUGCACAACACCUCCCUUGCGUCUGCUGCUAAUUUGAAUGGUAUAUGGGUAUAGCGUACAGGUAAACCUUCUAUACAAUGUCAUGUGCGUGUUUAUUAUUUUAUUAUUAUCAUGCCAUGUUUAUUUUAUUAUAAUUAUAAUUGCGAUGCCUUUCGAGAUAGCGCGAGUUGAUUUCCGGCGAAUAAACUCUAAUAAUGUAUGAUACUGGGUGAUUCAUUAUUUAUAACAUUCGCAUCAUCAUAUUUUAAAGUUUUUUAUUGCAAUUCCAAAGCAGAACAGUAGUUGUCCGAGAGUUUUGAUGUGAAAAAAAUUAAUUUCCAAAGAGUCUAUAAAUAGUUUUACCCAAAUGUUUUACGAAUUUAGUAUUUAGAUGUAUAUUAUACUAAUCCCGAAAAUUUCUGUCCCCUAUAUAUACCGCUCGUCAAAACGUAAAUACUUAUAUAUAAAUAUAUAUACAUAUAACCAAAUAAAACAUAUUCUAUGGAAUAUCGAUUUUAUGUGUUAAAGUUCUCAGAAAUAUAUCAUUCUGUUUUGGAACCUUAAAUUCAAAAUGUAGAUAUUAGAUAUACCUAUAUAGGUACUGUCAUUCAAAAUAGUAGAAAAAAUUGUUGUACAUUUUAAUAACGAUUUCAAAUUACCUAAAAAACGAAAUAUUUUCAAACGUUAACGAUUUUUGUGAAAAACAUUACCUAUACAUAUUACCUUUAAAAAAAUCACCCUGUAUGUAAUAUAUUAUACCUACAGAAACAACAGCAUCGCGUUUUAUUUUAAUUGGUUUUAUAUAUCGUCUAAUAUAUCAUAACAUGUGUAAUGUGUAUAAUUUAUAUAAGUAUAACCUACAUAUUAUUAUAAUAUUGUUUUUGUUUUUAUUUAACGUCCGUGUAAGAUAUUUAUUUAUUUAUUGUUAUUAUUUUGUUUACGGUCUUCAAUUGCGGAAUGUGUCUUUCCUCUUUAUGUAUAAUAUUAUAAUAAUGUUAUGUAGGUACUAUAGAAUAGUUAAUAAAUUAUGAUAGGUAUCAUAAUUAAUCGUGAUGACGCGUAUAUACCUUACACGCGUUUAGUACCAAUAAUAUUAUGUACGUAUUAAUAAUCCGAUUAUUUUAACAACUUAUUCGUUCCGAAAUGUACAGACAUUCGGCGAUAUAAUAUAUUAUGAUAUAGUAUAAUAACAUUUUAUCGUUUAAUACCAAUCCUGUGAAUAAUUAUUAUUUAAAAGUAUAUUGCGUACCUACCUACCUACCUAUAGGCUAUACAUGUUAAAUGUUGCUUAUAACUUAUAAUAUAUUAUUAUGUUUUCGUUUUGCGAUUGGCGUUCCGAUUUUAGGUUCGGCGCCGCUCGGUGUCUGCAGCAGAGGAGGUUCGUGAGAAUUUAGUGAAAUAUUAUUUAUAUAAAUAUAUAAUAAUGUUAUUAUAAUCGUACUAUGGUCGUCAUAAUUUCACCGACAUUUUGCGAUUUUCCUACACCGCAACAACGGAGAACGUUUCGUACAUUUCUGCAGGAGCUGCUGUACAAUAUAGGUACCUACUGUGCAGUGUGCGUUACAUAUUAUUAUAAUAAACUGCACAGAAGUAGAAUGUCGAUUAUUAUUACCGUUUUAAAUGUUCAUUUACUAGACGAAAAUAGCAAUUACGACAUUUCCCUAGCAAAUACGCCUACUACAAACGAGUCAUAAAAUAAAUAUGGUAUACGUAUUUUUAUUUUUAAUGAACUUAACUCUUAUUUAAGUCACGAACGCGUGUGUGCAACACUCAUUACGUGUACUUAAUUUUUUUUUUCUCGAUGAUUAAUCGAUUGCGUUUAGAAGAACACAAAUUGUGUGGAAACUUAUUGUUCGGUAGGAAAUAACAAUUUCUUCGUCAAAUAAACCGACCGGCAUAACGUUGGCGCACGUCACAAUGAUGGUAAUAAUAAUAGUAUGUCGUCUCUGCAUCGCAUACACUCGAGUAGGUUCAUAAUUUAGGUAAAUACAUCCUCUGCGACGACCAUUUCCACCGGUUACUGGCUAAUCACAACAGGACAUUACUUAUCGAGUUAUUUGAAAUCAUUUUAAUUGCAUAUAUUAAUGUCUAUGAAUCAUCGAGGCACGCGAAGAAAUCCUGUGCAUAAUAUUAUAUUAUGCUACCUAUAUAUAAUAAUUUAUAUUAUUAGCAUUGCAAUUAUUAUAACAUUACCCCCGUAUUAAUAAUAUAAUACAAAAUCAGUGUUUGGAAACAACGUCGUUCAAACUUAUUACCAUAUAAUAUAAUAUGUAUAAAUAUUGAUUAACGUACGAUAACAUUUUUCUGCUGUAACAUUCCUGUAAUAAUUAUUUGAUUACGAAUUAUGAAAAUAAAAUAUGUGAAAUUCAGUGGGCAUGGCUCGACGUAAAACAACAACAAUAUUAUGAUUUCCACGAUUUUGUAUUAGGAUUUGGUCGAUUCAUAGAAAUAAAUUAAAAACAUUUUAAUGAACGAAUUAAUUUUUUCAGCGAACGUGAACUAGUUUCUUUUUUAAGCACUGAACCGUAAACGAAUUAAAUUUUUUAGUGUACGUUCCAAACACUGUAUAAUAUAAUCGUCCACGAUAAGGUUUUCAGAACAAUAAAAUAUUUGUGUUUGGAAGUUGCACAAUAUGCCGCUGCUAUCCAUCGAUUUGCGAAUCCGUCCAAAGUCAGACGUCGUUUUAUUUCGGCCAGAAGAGUUACAAUAUAAUUUGUGGUCAUUAUGAUAUUAUAUACAUACGCGUUUAUAACAAUAGAUGCAGCAGCACUACACGUCUAUAUCGUGUCCGGUUAUUGUUGUAUGUGUGUAUAGUCUUCGUGUUGAAGCCUCAGGCUGACACAAAAUAUUAUUUAACCAGAAAUAUCUCUGGGGGGGGGAGGCGUACGCCAAUUACAUUUAUAUAUGUAUGUUUUAUGAUAAUAUGUUUACCGCUGCAACCAAAUGAUAAUGUCGCACGGAGUACGGGACGUUUGCUUGUCUUGUUAUUAAUAUUUUUUAUUUUUUUCACACUUUUUUAACGUGUCACUACUCACGGCCUUCUUCCCGGUGAAACGCGUGAUUGGCAGAGGAGAACAUCAUCAUGGUGAUAGUUACACCGGCGACGGAGGUGACGGUGGUUACUGGUUGAUACCGGUUAAUGGUUAUACACCGUAUACAUAUUAUUUCGUGUUUAUACAGUAUAUAGCUGCUGUCGUUGCUGUCGACGUGAUUAUGCCGAUUGCAGCUAAUCGAUCGACCAAAACGCGGUUAAACGGUUUAACUUUCUCGGAGAGCGGUCGAAAACACCAGUGCAGACGGCGUACACAGAUCGACGGCCUGGUGCGUGUAACACCAAACUUUCGAUUCAUUUCCUCACGGCCACCUACGGAGGAAGCAAUAUACGACGCUGCAGUGCAGUAUACGAUAUUUAUGCUCGGCGACGUUUAAUCCUUCACACGGAGCGUACAGUUUCGAAACCCGGAGCAAACAAUUCGAACGAUAUUUGCAUGACGUAUCGGCGAACGCGAAGACAAUAACAAUAUAAUAAUAUUACCUAUAACAAUGUCAACUGAUAAUGUAUUUGUUUAAUUUUUACUGAUAAUACUGAAAUGUCAUAUUAUAAUAUAUUAAUAAUAGUCAUUAUGUAAAUUAUACCAAAGUUACGAGUAACCGUAAUGGAUGAGAAAUGUGAUAAUGCUUAAAAUAUAAUAUUGUAUUAUAAAAUAUGUAAAAUCACACAUCGUUAGUAUUUGUAGAGUGAUUAGGGUUGUAGUUGUAUGACUUACUGCGAUGUACGGAUUUAGUAUUAUAUAUCAAUAAAUAUCAUAUAAACGUUUUUACCGUUUUACAAUAUUGUGUUAAUGUCAAUUUAGCUUACCAUGAAAAUAAUAAAAUAUUUUUGCAUACCUA